AUGUUCGGGAGAAUCAGUUGUCAAACGUACUUUGUUAUGAUUAUUGCUAGAAAAAAUUGCCAGCAAAUUAAAAAAAAAUUCAUCCUGAUUGAAAAAAAUAUUUAGAUGGAGACCGAAAUAUUGAAAGUAGAAGUUCAUGAAGAUGAGAUCAGAGAAUCAUUUUUUAGCUACAAUGCUCAGUACAUAGAUGAUGGAAGGUUAACUUAUAAACCGAAAAUUGAAAAUGUAGAAUACUUUGUAGAAGUGAAUGAAGGAACUGAUAAGAUGAUAGAAACUCCAAAAAAAUAUGAAGAGGAGGUAUUAUUUGAUGUGAAAUUAAAUGAGACUGCCAAGGAUAUUGAUCCAAAGAAAUAUAACUGUGACCUUAGUGAUGUUGCUUCAGCCCGAAAUCUGGACCUUAAAAAGCAUAUAAAUUCAGUUCACUUGAAGAUGAAGCAAUUUCAAUGUAAUCCAUAUGAUUACGCUGCAGUUCCAAAAGAAAACCUUAAAAAGCAUAUAGAAUUGCUUCAUUUGAAUAAAAAAGAGCAUAAGUGUCACCUUUGUGACUAUGCUACAUUUGACCAGAGAAGUCUUGAAGAGCAUAUAAAUUUGGUUCAUUCGAAAUUGGAGAAAUAUGCAUGUUUGAAGUGUGAUUAUGCCACAGCGCAUAAAGGAUGCUUGAAACGCCAUAUAAAUUCAAUUCAUUUGAAUUUGAAGAAACAUAAAUGUCACCUAUGUGAUUUUGCUUCUGACCGAAAUGUGAAACUUAAAAUUCAUUUAGAUUCAGUUCACUUGAAGAUAAAAGAAUAUCAGUGCCAUUUAUGUGAUUACGCCGCAGCUCAAAAGGACAAACUGAAAACUCAUAUAGAAUCAAUUCAUUUAAAUUUGAAGAAAUAUAAGUGUCACUUAUGCGAUUUUGCUACUGCUCGAAAUAUGAACCUUAGAAAGCAUAUAGAAUCGGUUCAUUUGAAUAAAAAAGAGCAUAAGUGUCUCCUUUGUGACUGUGCUACAUUUGACCAGAGAAGUCUUGAAGAGCAUAUAAAUUCAGUUCAUUUAAAUUUGAAGAAAUAUGCAUGUUCGAAGUGUGAUUAUGCCACAGCUCGUAAAGGAUGCUUAAGACGACAUAUAAAUUCAGUUCAUUUGAAAUUGAAGAAACAUAAAUGUCACCUAUGUGAUUAUGCUUCAGAUAGAAAGGGGCUGAUCAAAGUUCAUAUAGAAUCUGUUCAUUUGAAUAAGUGUAAUCUUUGUGAUUAUGUCUCGGCUGAAAAAGGAUCCUUGAAAUCUCAUAUUAAAUCAAUCCAUUUUUAAUAUAAGGAAAUAAUAAUGUCAUUCAUGCAAUUUUGAAUCAGUUCUAAAUGAAGACCUCAAACAACACAUAAAUUCUUUUCAUUUGAACAUGUAGCAUAUUAAUUGUCACCUUUGUGAGUUUGUUACAAUUAAUAAGACAUAAGAUAUGAGCAUAUAGAAUUGCUUCAUUUGAAUUUGAUAAUUAUAAAUGUAUAUCCAUCUCGACCGCAGUGGCGUCCGUGAAUUCCUUGCACGGAAGGUGGUUUGCGGGAAGGGUCAUAACAGCAGCUUACGUUCCUUUAGUGAAUUAUCAUGCACUUUUCCCCAAUGCCAUGACAAUGAGCCAGUUAUUAACACCGUCGAAUAGGAAAUAGUGUGUGGAAAUCAGUCGAUUGAUUAUUUUUUAAUUUUUUUCUCAAAGGAACUGAAACUUGAUUGAGCCUUAUUCAAUCGAAGAUCGUAUUUCUAGAUGAUAUGUUGGUUGGAUUUAAGAAUGGAAUAAUUGUUAUGUUCAGGUUUUUCACAUUUGGACAUAAUGUAAAUUUUUUUUGUUGAUUGACUUGGUAAAUAAUGAGAAAUAAUGAAUUUUUUUUUAUGUUAUCUAAUUGGAAUCUAAUUAUUAUACAUCCAAGUUGCAAAGAUUUGUAAAAAGUAAGUUAAUAAAUAUACUCUUAAAAAAAAA